AUGAGAUUCUUCCAUUUUCUCGCGCUUACUUUGAUAAGCCUUUCUGUCUUGCUUGGAUCAUCAAAAGCAUGCGAUCAAUGCGACGUUACAGCUGCACAAAAUGCUGGUGUUCCAACAGACAAGCAUGUCUAUGUGUACUUCAAAGAGAUGGCAAUGAUUAUCAAACAAUUGGCAAAUGCACAAUCUUCUGCAAACAUUCAAGGUCCUCCCGAUUUUAGUCAAGCUGAAAAAGGUUUGUUCGCUUUAGGUAAAGUCAUCGAUCAAGCAACGCAAGUGUUACAGGUUUAUCAAGGUACAUUGGACUCUAAUAAUGCGCAUCAUAUCGACAAAUACCUUGCUUGGUCAGCAAAAGACGUUGUCAAAAUUACAACAAUGAUCAAAUAUGCCAAACCGUAUUCCGAUCAACAAGGUUAUACGGGCGUGAUCGUUCACAUCUUACAAGGCAUCACUUCUCAAAUUUCAAUUUUGUUCCAAUUGUUGGAAAUGCAUAUGCCACCGUCUUCUUACGCAUCGUCAAGCUAUAGCAUCAGUGUCUUUAUUUGUGCAAUGGCAGAUGCGAUCGAAUACCUUCAACCAAAUUCAUGCACUUCUCAAGGUAAACAAUUCUGUGCAAACAUCUCAAGACAAAGUUCAAGCUCAUGUGGUACAACAUCAUACAGAAAGAAAUGUUCAAGCGUUGUCAAGGUUCCCAAUUCAUUCAAACAAUGCGGUAAUAGUGCAGCGGCCAUGUAUGAAUACGGUUACAAGAACAAAUGUUUGGGCUCGAAGCACCAUAAGAGUAAGUGGUGCUCUGGCAAGAAGAAGGUCUACAAGCAUCCAAAGGUUUCUGAUUAUUCGUCCAAGAGUUCUUCUUCCAGCUCAAGCUCAAGCUCUACAUCAACAACAACAACAACGAGCUCCAGUUCAACUCAAUACACUUUCUCUUACUCUGCUUGCUUUACCUACACUCCUUCUGCGAGUGAUUGGUAUUGCUCAGGCCCUUCUUAUUGA